ACGCAUACAAUUUGAUGCAUACAUUCCAUGUAUCGAACGCAUGACCGACACAGAAUACACAUGCAACGCAACGCUGCAAGGCAAACGCAGCGUUCCAUUGGAAAUUAAAGCACUUCUGGUGUCCAAAACGCACAAAUACAGUCGGUGUGGUGUGUUCGAAGCGUACUCAUCGGCUUUCGUCUUCAGUCGGUUGCUUCAGCCUAACCACGCAAACGAGCCCAUUGAUUGACAGUAGUGUGCAGGAGUGCACCGAGCAACAUCCUUGUUUUCCAGCAUUUUCGUUAAAAUGAGCGAAUAUUUUUCCCUUUCAGAUUGUGAUGUCAUUGGUUUUGAUUUGGACCACACACUCUGUCGGUACCAUUUGAAAGAGACCUCCAGGCUGAUCUAUGAGAGCUUUACCAGGUAUCUGGUGGAGCAUAAAGACUAUGACAAGGACCUUCUCACACUGACCCCUGCUACCUGGGAUUUCUGUUUCAAGGGCUUAGUGGUAGACCUUGAGGAUGGAAACUUGGUUAAAUUGGCGGAAGAUGGAACUGUCUUACGAGCAACCCAUGGGACCAAUAACCUCAGAACAGAAGAGAUCAUUAAACAUUACGGUCCAAAAAGGGAAUGGAAGCACUUUAAUAGCCUCAAUACCACAUUUACGAGAUCUACAAAGUACUAUUUUUAUGACAACUAUUUCGAUCUACCCGGGGCUCUUCUCUGUGGAAGAGUUGUGGAUAUGUUGCGCAAGCGUGGGAAUGAGGUGAAUUCAGACUUUUGGAAAGACAUGGUCGCUGCCAUCGACCACAAUUACAACACCUCAGCAUUUAAAGAGGAUGCUGGGUGGUACUUUCCCAGUGUGAAGAGGGACCCUGGUCGUUACCUGCAGCCCUGCUCUGAGUCUGUCAAGACCUGGCUGAGGAGCAUGAAGAGUGCAGGGAAGGUCCUCCUGCUCAUCACCAGCUCCCACAGCGACUACUGCAGGCUCAUCUGUGACCAAAUCCUGGGGAAGGACUGGGAGGAGCUGUUUGACAUCAUCAUCACCAACGCCUUGAAGCCUGGAUUCUUCUCACUGGUGCCCCAACAGAGGCCCUUCAGGACCCUGGUGAAUGAUGUGGAGGAGAGCGAAGGGCUGCCAUCCCUGGACAAGCCUGGCUGGUACUCUCAAGGCAACUGGCCCCACCUCCACCAGCUGCUCAAGACCAUGACUGGCAAUCCUGAGCCCAAGGUGGUGUACUUUGGGGAUAGCAUGCGGUCGGACAUGUUCCCUGCUAGCAUGUUUGGGAAGUGGGAGACUGUGAUGAUUGUGGAGGAAAUGGAGGGAGAGGGCGUCUCGAGGAGCGACGCAGCAGAGACCAAUGAGGCCCAAGUGGAGCCUCAGGAGAAGAAGGGAAAGUUUGAGGACCAGGGCAUGAAGGCGCCCUCUGCUCCAUCCGAACAGUGGGGAUCCUACUUUGUGGACACACACAAGACUCCUGGAGGGGAUGAGGAGAGCCAGAAACUCACCUGGUGCUGCCAUAGCAUCCACAAAUACAGCACAAUGGCCAUCCCCAGUGUGGAGUCUAUUGCAGAUCUCCCUCUGGACUACAAGUUCCCCAGGUUCUCUCCCAACAAACCCUGCACCACCGGCUACUACCCCAGACCCCCAGAUUCCCUGCUGAAGAAAUGCCAGAGUCAAUCGUCUUAGAGUCCUUCUUCCCAGAGUCGCCCCCCUCAACCUCCUCAGCCUAAUGGGGAGGAAUGUGCCUCCAUCUCACCUGUAGUUCCACACCUGAACCACGCCAAUCAUCCCUAGAGCACAGGAAAUCACGCUCACAUUGAUAGAAACCAUGGGAAUGUAAAAGCACAGUAUCGCUCUGUAAGUAACUUGGCUACAUUUGAACGUUGUUCUGUACGUGGAUUAUUGUACGUGUGUGUGGAAAAUGUGACUUGCCAAUUGUCUAGGUAUCUGUCAGCAUACAGUGCUGAUUAAAGCACAUUCAUAUUGUUUUAUGUGAAGACCACUAUUUUUUUUAUGUAGGUAAUUGGUGUUCCAGUUGAACCCCCUAUACUGUAAGUGCAUCAUUCAAUGUAAGUCAAUAACUCUUUAGAGUAGUAACAAACCUUUCAAGCCCCACAAAUAAUGUCCUGCAUUUUGUUUUUGUGUGUCCUUACCUCAAAUCUGAACUGAAAUGCAACGUUGAAUAGUCCCAGCAGUGUUUGUCUCCCGAGAGAAAUUCAGAAUAAUCCAUUACGCCUGGUAUUAGUGUGUGUAUAAUACAUAAUAAACAGACAUUUUGGUUUUGUUUCGCUGUAUGCAUUUGAAUAACAGUACAUUUAGAUGCCCUUAAAAGGUAAAGCAUUUCCCCUGUAUUGAUUUUGUGUAAGGUGUGUAAGAGCAUUGUUCUUGAAGAAAUUGCACAAUCUGUCCUUGGUGUUACCUUUCUGUGGAAAAAAAAUGUAAUAAUAAAGGAAAACUGUAAUACUGGGUGGUUAAUACUAUGCUCUGUGUACUCUAUGUAUUAUCUUGGUGCAGCAGUAAACUAUAGUGCUUUUGGGGUGACUGUAAAAGUGUGGAAUACUUAGGCUUCAUAUGCAGUACCAAUUUGAAUAUAUGCUUUAACCGACUCCUGAAUGGUUACAUGUGUUGGUGGACUGCAUAUAGACAAGUUGUAUUAUAUUGAUAAGAAACAGUCUGAAUAUGCUUUUAAGAGUAUUUUGAUAGUAAGUACUGUAUUAGUUGAUAAGAGAGGACAGGAGACUUUAAUUGGGAAGCCAAAGUGGGUUAUUAUUUAUGUUAUAAAUAAUUGUUGGCGUUAAACACAAUGCAGCUUUAGUGAUCCAUUUACUUUUUUUCAUGUGAUUUGCAAACUUUUAUAAGCCCAUUUGCCUUAUGUUCAAUUCAUUAGUGCUCUUAUGUUCUAGAGAAGAUACAGGGAAAGUGUUUAAUGUACUGUCUAUGAAAUAAAGAAAUGUUCUACAAUUUUGUUA